GGAAGAGGAAGCGGAAGUGGUGGUAGCUCGGGGAGCGUGCACCUGAGUCGGUGGUGCAGAGCCCUGGACGCUUGCCAUGGAGGGGUCAAACGAGCCGGCUCUGGAUGCUAAGGCCAAGGUCACCAACCAGGUGAGUGAGUGGCAGCCCCGCCCGGUCCUCGCUGGCCUCCGCGGCUUGUAGAUUUUCAGUGGAAACUGGGUAUGGCUGUGAGCUCAGACAGUUGCAGAUCACUUAAGUAUCCUUAUGUUGCAGUGAUGCUAAAAGUGGCAGAUCAUUCAGGCCAAGUAAAGACCAAGUCUUUUGAAAUGACAAUUCCACAGUUUCAGAAUUUCUACAGACAGUUCAAGGAAAUUGCUGCAAUUAUUGAAACUGUGUGAAAACUGAUUGCUUGGUUGGUAAAUUGCUACCAUCGUUCUAAAAUCAUGGACUUCACGUUCUGCACUCUAACUGUAUGAGGAUCAGAUGACUUUUUUAUUGAAAGAAAAUUGUACUUUUGUUUUUCCAUUUUUUUAAUAAAAAAACUAGACACACAGGAAUUAGAUAAGUGA